AUGGUGCAAGGUUGCAGGCCGAGCAAUGGCUGGGUACAACUAGGGUGCUAUAAAACUGUCCUCGUGAGAGGAUUGUGCCUUAGUGGAUCCUUUUCUAGACUGGACACUGCUGCAACCCUUUUUGUUUUUGGUAGCACACGCUGUCUCUGCCUGGUCUGCUCACAUGUCCCUGUCGUGUGUUUCUUAGACAAGGACGAGUGCUCGAAGGACAACGGUGGCUGCCAGCACGAGUGCAUCAACACCGUGGGCAGCUACGUCUGUCAGUGCCGCAACGGGUUCGUGUUGCACGAGAACAAGCAUGACUGCAAGGAAGCGGGUGAGCAUGGUGGUGCCCACCACCUUAGCUAUCUCCCUAAGGAUCCUUUCCAUAAAACCUUUAAUGAAUUUGAGAUAGAACAACACCAAGAAUGUGCUUAUGACCACUUGGAAGUGUUUGAUGGAGAAACUGAAAAAUCACCAAUUCUGGGACGCUUAUGUGGCAAUAAGUUACCGGAUCCUCUUAUUGCUACUGGAAAUAAAAUGUUCCUCCGAUUUAUCUCUGAUGCAUCAGUUCAGAGAAAAGGCUUCCAAGCAACGCACUCUACAGAAUGUGGUGGUCGACUGAAAGCUGAAGCCAAGCCCAAAGACCUGUACUCUCACGCUCAGUUUGGUGACAACAACUACCCGGUCCAGGCAGACUGUGACUGGCUGCUGGUGGCAGAGCGUGGCGCUCGAGUGGAGUUGUCCUUUCAGACCUUUGAGGUCGAAGAGGAGGCAGACUGUGGUUAUGACUAUGUGGAGCUAUUUGAUGGUCAUGAUAAGUCAGCUAUGAGACUUGGUCGCUUUUGUGGGUCUGGGCCGCCAGAAGAAAUUUAUUCAGCGGGGGAAGCCAUUUUAUUCCACUUUCAUACUGAUGAUACGAUCAACAAGAAAGGAUUUCAUAUACGAUACAGAAGUAUAAAAUAUCCAGAUAGCUUGCACACCAAAAAAUAGCACAAGAACCUCUAUGCCAGAAAAUGAGAGCGAGGAAGAAAGAACGCACAGCGGAAACAAGGAAGGCUUGCCUUUUUCUUUUUCU